AGUAACUAUGUUGCUGCUGGAGAUCAAUGAAGCCCGGUGAAUGGGGGCCGAGCGCGAGCGCCAGCGCGUAGCUGAAGCCCGGCGCCCGGCGGUGGUGGUGGAGGGCUGCAUUCAUUAAUGAAACUCUUGAGUUCUUCCUGAAUUGCCAGUUUUCAGCCUCCUCAUGCCUCCAUCUCCUUUAGACGACAGGGUAGUGGUGGCACUGUCUAGGCCCGUCCGACCUCAGGAUCUCAACCUUUGUUUAGACUCUAGCUACCUUGGCUCUGCCUCUCCAGACAGUCACAGCCAUCCCCCUGCCAUUGCCACGGCUGUUGUGACCCUCAAGGCUGCGAAUCUGACGUAUAUGCCCUCAUCCAGCGGCUCUGCCCGCUCUCUCAAUUGUGGAUGCAGCAGUGCCAGCUGCUGUACUGUGGCCAGCUACGACAAGGACAGUCAGGUCCAGACCCAAGCCAUUGCCACCGGCACCACCAUUGGAACCUCUACCACCUGCCCUGCAACCCAGAUGGUCAACAACAAUGAGAACACAGGCUCUUUAAGUCCAUCAGGUGGGGUGGGCAGUCCUGUGUCGGGGACCCCCAAGCAACUAGCCAGCAUCAAAAUCAUCUACCCCAAUGACUUGGCGAAGAAGAUGACCAAAUGCAGUAAGAGUCACCUGUCCAGCCAGGGCCCUGUUAUCAUUGACUGCAGGCCCUUCAUGGAGUAUAACAAGAGUCACAUCCAAGGAGCUGUCCACAUUAACUGUGCCGAUAAGAUCAGCCGGCGGAGGCUGCAGCAGGGCAAAAUCACGGUCCUAGACUUGAUUUCCUGUAGGGAAGGCAAGGACUCUCUCAAGAGGAUCUUUUCCAAAGAAAUCAUAGUUUAUGACGAGAAUACCAAUGAGCCGAGCCGGGUGAUGCCGUCCCAGCCUCUUCACAUAGUUCUGGAGUCCCUGAAGAGAGAAGGCAAGGAGCCUCUGGUGUUGAAAGGUGGACUCAGUAGCUUUAAACAGAGCCAUGAAAACCUCUGCGACAAUUCCCUCCAGCUCCAGGAGUGCCGGGAGGGGGGCGGCGGCGCAUCUGCGGCCUCCAGCACGCUACCUCAGCCUGUCCCCACCACGCCCGACAUCGAGAGCGCCGAGCUGACGCCCAUCCUGCCCUUCCUGUUCCUGGGCAACGAGCAGGACGCUCAGGACCUGGGCACCAUGCAGAGGCUGAACAUCGGCUACGUCAUCAACGUCACCACUCACCUGCCCCUCUACCACUACGAGAAAGGCCUUCUCAACUACAAGCGGCUGCCCGCCACCGACAGCAACAAGCAGAACCUCAGGCAGUACUUUGAAGAGGCCUUUGAGUUCAUUGAGGAAGCUCACCAGUGUGGCAAGGGGCUUCUCAUCCACUGUCAGGCCGGCGUGUCCCGCUCUGCCACCAUUGUCAUCGCCUAUUUGAUGAAACACACCCGGAUGACCAUGACUGAUGCUUACAAAUUUGUCAAAGGCAAACGACCAAUUAUUUCCCCAAACCUCAACUUCAUGGGGCAGUUGCUGGAAUUUGAGGAAGACCUAAACAAUGGUGUGACCCCUCGGAUCCUUACACCAAAGCUAAUGGGUGUGGAGACCGUUGUGUGACAGUCCUGUGACGGUCAGCAGGAUGGAAGGGGUUACUUCUCUGCUUGGAGAUGAACAGGAAGGAAGAUGGAUUCUGUUUUGUUUUGUUUUGUUCUUUUCUGUUCUCUUAUCUUUUUUUUCUUAAGUUGGGGGGCAAAUGCUUGUAAAUGGAAACAAACUUGUCUAAAGACAUUUUAUUUUUAACAAGUAUGAGGAGACUAUAACUCCUGAUGCCACUGAGCUUGGCUUCCCUCAGACUCAUCAUUCAGGGAGGCUAAAGAGGUUACUUUCUAAAGCCAAUAAUAAAAGUCUAAUAAAACUU